AAGGUCGUGAGAAGGAGUGGGGUUCUUCGCGGCUGCAUUUCAUUUCAGUGAUUGCUACUUAGGGCUAUUACGUACAACUAUAACAGUUAUGUAAUAUAGUCUUUUGUCUGAUAAAAUAUGGAUUUUCGUAAGCAGAAAACAUAAGUGUAAUAAUUCAACAAGUGUCGGUUCGCGGUUUAUUUAUUCAGCUGAGAGUUGUAACGUUCGUAGAAAUGUGUUUGAGAUUCUUUUUUCUCAAUGGUGGUACUUAGUGGACAGAAAUUGGAGUGGUCGUGAAGAAUUUAAGUGCUAAAAAAUACUGUAAAUAUACCGUAUAUGAAGUGCGUAAACAAUGUAUUUUUGUGUUUACGUUUUGUUUGAAAUACUCCUGGUUUAUUCCUUUUUGGAUUUUACAAAAUCCCAAUGCCUGCAAGACCAGAGCUUUAUCCGCUGGUCGGGCAUCAACGUGGAGAAGGCAGCUCCGGUGUUCAUGUACACCGCCAGCGGAGCUGAAGAGUCUCUCACCGGGGCCUGCCUGGCGAGGUGCAGAGAGCUAGACGUAUGUGAUGCCGUGGCCAUCUCCUACACACGAGGAAGCUGUCAGGGCUUGGCUAAAAUGGAGACCACACACCUCCACUCAGACAAUGACGUAUCCUACUUCAAGAAAGUCUGCCUGGAAUUGCCAAGAAGCUGUAAAAACAAAUGGUGGUCAUUGGAAGGUACAUCAGGCUAUUAUUUAAACUCGGAAAGUCUAAACACAAAGCUUAUACUGAACGUUACCGUGCAGGAUUGUUACAGAGCCCUCUUCACUUCAAAUACAAAACUAAAUUAUUACAGAUCAGCUCAAUGGAUAGACCCCGAGAAUGCGUUGGACAUUCUGCAGGUGUCAGACAAAGCUGUUGGCAACUGUAUACUGAACCCGGAGAACAAGUUCACAGAGCCAGAAUCCUAUCGCGUCUCUAAUUACUAUACCUUCUACAUUGAGAACGAAUGUACACAUGACUAUACCAAAAAAAUAGACAGAUGUUCAUACGAAGAGUAUAACAACCAGACGUUGAAGCGAGUUGAUUUGACCUUACAUAACUAUACGAAGGACGAGUGUAAAUCUGCUUGUGAAAGUGAAGAGAGAUUCGUUUGUCGCGGGUUUACCUGGACGAGAGCACACGCGGGUAGUCUGUGUGAUCUUCACAGCGAGGACCUCAUCACGACUGGCUCCUGGCUGCUACGGAGAGUGUCUGGUGCAACGUACUACAGAAGAGUCAUAUGCCUUAACAUCAGUGUGGAAUGCGACGAAACCGACUUGGGUGUCACGUAUUACCCUCGAGGAGUGUUCAGAGGGCGCAUGUAUGUCCCCGGCCACGGAGAGAAGUGCAGCGCUAGAGGGUUCGCCGGAGCUGUCAAACUGACAUUACCCAUGCACGGAGACUGUGAUGUCAACUUCGCCUACGCUAUAACUAAGGGACCUAAUGGAGCUGUCAAUAGAACAAUGGCGUACGUGAUGCUGAUGAUUCAGAAUAACCCCAUAAUCCAGACGGCUGGCGACCGCUGGGUCCGUGUGGGGUGCUCGCCCGGCCGCGACUCCAGGGGAUAUACCAGAGUUGACGCCACUGUUGCCGUGCACGAUGCCAGUCGGCCAAGUCUUGCAAGCGAGUCGGAUGGCAUUGGAGAGCCUGGUGCCAGUGCGGUGUACAGUGCGACCUCAGUGCCAAUAACCAUGUACGUGCUCAGAACAGGAGGUGACGGAGACAUAGAACCCAGAGCUGUAGCGCUGGGCGAACCACUUGAGCUGCGCAUUGAGACCACAGAAUCUACUGAGAUAGAAGCUUAUCACUUGGUAGCGUCAUCGAGGCUUGGCGACAGUUCUGUGCUGUUACUGGACAACCAGGGCUGCCCCACGGGACAAGUUGACUUUCCGCAACUGAGUCGUUCAAUGGUUGGCAACACUCAGCGACUUUCAGGGCGGUUCAAAGCGUUCCGGUUUCCAAACUCGCACGUCGUGAGGUUCGCUAUCAUGGUGCGCUUCUGUGGACAAGCCUGUGCUCAGGUAAAUUGUGGAGAAAAACAGGCAAGGAAUAAUCGACAAGCAAACAACACCUACGAUUGGGUUGACGCCGAGAGUACAGCAGCUGUCACUCAAGAGAAAGCAUGGGAUCCAUAUGUAGUGGCUCAAGGGGGACCAAUGCUGUGUUCCGAGGGUGCUGCAAAUUACGUGGGAGGCGGGAAGAUACCGCUGGAACUUGAGCUGCUAGUUGGUGCCCGGGAUAUCCUGUCUGCGGACACCCUUGUGCGUGCUGAUCAUAGAUCAUCAUUACCGGAAGACGCUCACUUCGACGGCGCAUUGGUCUGUGUGCACGAGUUGCUACUGGUAGCAAUGGCACUGGCUUGGCUUGCUGUUCAACUGUUGCUGCUAAUUGGUUGCUGCAUCCUAGUAAAAAGAUACAGAAACCUGGCGGAAAUGAAUAUGCAGAAGGACUACAACUCCUUUGACAAUAUCGGUUUUGAUACCAGCUCUACGCACCGCCGCGUCCAUUGGCCAGAUCAGAACAUUGAUUUUAUUCACACUUAGUUUAUUUGUGUCCAAUUAAUAUGUAAACUACAAUGAUAUUAUUCGAUAUAUUAAGUUGAAGAGGAGCAGAAAAUCAGAAAUGUUACAUUCGCGCGCAUUGUGACACUAUUGCCCUGAUUGCGACAUAUUUUGACAUUACGUGAGUUUGCUCACAGUUUGACAGUGACAAACAAUGUGACGUGUGUUACGUUGAUCAAUGAUCACCUUUUAUUUGUUUUGUGGGUGUUUAACGUACGUAUAUUAUAAUCAUUGAUAACUUUUUAUAUUUAAAAAAAUAAACUGUUAAUAAUAAUACCUAAUUUUAUUAACUAAUUCUACUUUUAAAUGUGACCGCACAUAUAUAUAAAAGUAGGAUUGGUUUUGCAAUAUUUAUUCAUAUCCAAGUACAUUAAUACACCAUUUCGCACGUAUGGCGCAUAGGUAGUUGCGUAAAAUAGGAACAUGUGCACAUUUUUAACCGACUUCAAAAAGGAGGAGGUUAUCAAUUCGAUCGGUUUUUUUAUGUAUGUACACCGAUUACUCUGAGAUUUAUGAUCCGAUUUACGUAUUUCUCUAUUAUAAUAGAUGCCAUAUUUUGGUCCCAUAAAAAUUUUACAUUGUUUGGCCCAGUAGAUUUCACUUUAUGAACAUUUAUAUGAAAAUUAUAGCAAUAAUUGUUCUAGACGAAACAAUCCCACUCAAAGUCACGUUUAUUACAUUUGGCUUGGCACUGACUUAAAACCUACUAAUAUGUAGCACAUACAAAUAAUAGUAUUUUAUUAAUAUUAAAGGUAAAGGUUUGCAUAAGAGGUGUAUUAAAUUAAAUUUUUAGUUAUUUGAUACUUUUCAGUUUUUGAAGUCGGUUUUUUUAAACGUAGUUUUUUUUAUGUAUGAAAUGCGUCUAAUAUAGCACGUGCUAAAAACACAAAAGCAAUUCACUCAAGCACCGUAUAAAUUUAUGAAAAAAAAACAAUAUUAAUCAAUUAAUAUACUUAUUAAGUGCAAAUUAUUUUCUUGAAAAGUUUUUCUCUUUGACCAAUGAUCUGGUCAAGUUCUUAUUGGAUGAGGAUCCGGAUGAGCCGGAUAACAUUGGAUGAGGGUAGCGCAGGAGCGAUCGCCGUGGAGAUCUUUCGGGGAGGCCUUUGUCCAGCAGUGGAAAUCUUUAGGCUUUUAUGAUGAUACGAAGUAAAAAUUUAGUUAUUUUUAGACAUGUUUUACUAUUUUAUAAUGUAUUUAUUUUAAACGUCAGAGAAUAUUAAAACACUACUUCAUACAAUAAAUAUUUAAUUUCAACAAUU